AUGGUUGAUAAACUUACGAAAAUAUCAUUAGAUAAACAAAUUAUAUCGUUGAUAUACUUUCGAAAAUAUCAUUGGAUAAACAAAUCAUCAACAAGAAUGGGGAUCCCUUAAAAUCUCGUCUACAGCCGAGCCCGACCCCCUUUUAAAAAAAAACACAACUUGGCAUGACCGCAUGAAGGAUCACUAAUUCACUAGUUAAGCAUUCUCUGAAAUCCAAAUCAAACAAUUUGGCGGAUGCCGAAAAAAUGGAGCUCCAAAACCCUAACAAUGGCGAAGGAGAAACUAAACCCAAAAUAGUGGUUAUUAUGGGUCCAACCGGGUCCGGAAAAUCAAAAUUAGCCAUUGAUUUAGCAACCCAUUUCCCAAUUGAGAUCAUCAACGCUGAUUCCAUGCAAGUCUACCAUAGCUUGGAUGUUCUCACCAACAAAGUCACUCUCUCUGAACAGAAAGAAGUGCCACACCAUCUUCUGGGAACAAUAAGCCCUAAUGUGGAAUUCACUGCAAAAGAUUUCCGAGAUGCUGCUAUUCCUAUCAUCAAGGAUAUAUUAUCUCGCAAUCACUUGCCCGUUAUAGUUGGUGGUACUAAUUUCUAUAUACAGGCUCUUGUGAGUUCUUUCCUGCUUGAUGAUUCCGUUGAAGAAAUAAGUGAUUCAUGUUUAAGGGAGAAUUCAGAUGUUGCUAAUCUGCAAAAAUGUGAACUUUUUGAGCAAGGCAGUUGUGAUUACAGUUAUGACCGCCUUAGAGACCUGGAUCCUGUGGCAGCGAACAGAAUACAUCCAAACGACCAUAGAAAAAUUAGGCAAUAUUUAGAGUUGUUCACUCAUUCUGAAAUCCUCCCUAGCCAACUCUUUCAGGGAGAAAUGACAGAGAAAUGGGGUCGUCUUGGUUGUAAUUCAAGAUACAACUGCUGUUUUGUUUGUGUUGACGCAUCGCUUCCUGUACUAGACCGAUUUGUGGACCAGAGAGUUGAUCGGAUGAUUGAAGCUGGUUUGCUUAAUGAAGUUUAUGACAUUUACAACAUGAAUACAGAUUAUACACGAGGUCUGCGACAAGCUAUCGGAGUAAGGGAAUUUGAGGAUUUUCUUUGUGCUAAUAUUUCCGAAGUGAGGAAGGAGCGGAACAAUUCUUUCCUGGAUACAGCUUCACUGAAUAAUACUGAUGUAUCUCUCAGACAAAAUUUGUUGGAAGUUUCAAGUUCCUCUUCUAAUACCCCAGAUAGGCGCCUAUUGGAAGAAGCCAUUUCCAAACUAAAACAAAACACUAGACGACUUGUUCGUCGGCAAAAGAGGAGGAUAAAUCGAUUGCAGACAUUAUUUGGAUGGAACAUACAUUUUGUAGAUUCUACCGAGUCUUUACUUGGAAAUUCAGAGGAUACAUGGAUUUCCCAAGUGAUUGAACCAGCUGCAAAAGUAAUAAGCUCUUUCCUCAAUUCUGAUGUGACCUCAGCUUCAGAUAAUACUGACCACUUGGUCCAGAAACUCAAUGAGAGAGAUCUAUGGACUCAGUACACGUGCAAGGCAUGUGACAAGAUCCUUCGUGGUGCACAUGAGUGGAAACAACAUAAUCAAGGGCGUGGACAUAGGAAACGGAUGGCAAAGCUAAAGAAGCGUCAAGGUUCUUUCUUAACCGACUCUUUACAGCUUCCAGGGGGUGACUGUGUAAGUUCAGAUGCAUCACAAGUGUAAUGGCGCUGAAAAUCAUUCUUUGCUGUCUUUCUUAAAUUUUUAUUUUGGAGAUUGGGGUGUGGUCCGUAUGGAAAGGAGCUGUUUGGGAGAGUUGGUCUUUGAUGUUGUCUAAGUGUGUGAUGCUUACAUGAAUCCCUUGUUCUUCCUGUCUUAUAUGUAUAGAGCUGUUGCUCAUGUUAUUGUAGGUUGCAUAUGUACUACAAGUAUCUUGAUAUUUACACCUACUCUUGUAUAAGACUGAUUUGCAUUGAUAUCUCAAAUUUUGGGGGUUAACUUACAUGUUGUACUACAAGUAUCUCAUAUUGAUCUCCCCAGCCUCAUGCUUGCCUAAGAUGCCUUAGUUGCCUAUAUAAGGUACAGUUGGUCAUCAAAGUAGUGACAGCGUUAUUGAUUUUUUUUUUUGGACAAGAUUUUUUUUGUUAAUGUUAAUAGUCGCAAUGUUAAGUA